AUCUGAUAGGUGGAGCAGUAGCGGCUUGUUGUAUUCCGAGAGCAUGUGCUAGUGUCGCAAUUAGUUCGCAUGCGUUACAGAUAAGGUUCAACCCCAGGUAAACCCUGGAGCUAAUUGUGUUCUCUGGAAAACUCUAAAAUGGCACAUUACAGAUCAUCAGAGUGGAAGCAGGAGAGGUUCAGGAGAUACCUGGAGAAGGCCGGCAUACUGGACAGUCUGACUAAUGUGAUGGUGGCCUUAUAUGAGGAGACGGAGAAACCCAGCAAUGCCCUGGAGUUUUUAAAGCAGCAUCUGUUUGCAGAAGACCCAGAUACCAACCAAGUCAAAGUUCUCCGAGUGGAACUGGAGGAACUGCAGCAGAAGUAUGACCAGCUCCAGGAGCAUAACCGUUAGCUCAAGAACCGGCUGCUGCAAUAUGAAAAAGCUUCUGAAGAUGCAGGAGCACAAUGAUUCUCAUAGUUUAGUUUAUAUAUUUACCUUCAUUAUUGUUAUUAAGAGCAAUACUAAUAAUACAAAUGAUGUAAUUUCUGUGUUAAUUGUGUGAGUUUUGCAGAUGUGUUUUUACCAGUACACUGUGUUUUGUUUGUGUAUUACGUAAAGAGGGUUAUUUAAUGUGUUGAGUUUAGUGUUUAAUUUGCUGAAUAAACAAUUUAAUUUGCCGGCAAACACAACAAUGUAGAGAGCAAAUAAUCAGAAUCAGGUCGGGGCAGGCGGCAAACAAUCAGAGAAUCAGAAUAUCAAACAGAGUCAAAAACCGGAAAACAGAAUAACAACCAGAAAACGCUCAGAAUGACAGUAAACAUUAGUCGAGACCUCGCACUGGGGAAAGGUUCAAGUUCAGUCUUUAUAGCGUGGGAAAUGGGAAACAGGUGGUGGUGUAAUCAUGACAGGAGUGGUGGAUUGUGGGAGAUGUAGUCAGGAAGUCACUAAAACUCGGGCGAAGGUUCCCUCUGGUGGCGGUCGGGAGAUGUGGCAGAUGCUACAUUCAUAACAGUCACAGAGUGCCAGCCAAUCAAAUUGAAGCAUUUCUGCUGCUCUCCCGGGCACUAAAUGUAACGUCACGUUCAAUUUU